GGCUCUGCCGGCACAAGCAGUACAAGUAUGCUCGGUGCCAUAGCUGGAUGAACUCCAAAAAGCAUUACUUUGGAUGUGCAAAGCAUAUGAUCCGCAGGGGUAGCGAGGUUGCACCUGAGGAGGUGAAAUGCGGGGAAGCGGAGCCUCCAAGCCCAAGGCCCGGCCGGACCGAGGCAUUGGCCUCUGGUGCCACCAACCUGUUUUCCUCUCUCUAACUUGGCACCUACUUAACUGGUCGUCGCUGCUUUGCCUUGAAACUGUGCGCUUUCCCUGCCAUAUACAUAUUUAUCAAGUUAGCACGUGGCAAAACCGUUUUAUAGCCCUUCAAGAGGUGCUGCUAGGUAUGAAGGUUUUGUUUACCUGCUUCUUUCAAUAUAUAGCACAAGCUAGUUCUUUUCGUUUAUGGACUCAAUACUCCAAUUAAUGAGAGAAAGUGCUAACAAAUAAGCGUACAGAUAAUUCUAAUAUUUGAAGAAGUCUAUAUGAGUAUGGACGCCUUCAGCAUUGAUCAACGAU